AUGACGAUGAUUUAUGACAUAGAUGAUUAUGAAUAUGGUGAUUUUCUUUCAUAUCCGUAUGAACAUGGGCUAGGACACAUUGAGGAUGGGAAUAACGAAUUUAAAAAUGAUUUUGAUCUUAUGGUUGCAAUGGAUCUGUUGAUGGAUUCAUCGACAGAAUUCGACAUGUUUUGGAAUUCUGAUCAAUUAUCAGAAGAAGAAGUUUUUCUGAUAGUUGAUUAUCUCUGUUAUCAUCAAGAAGAUUUUGAUGAACUUCAGCAAUAUGCACUACAAAAUAUAGGACAAUAUAUCAUACCGAUGGAUACAAAUGACGAUGAUGACAUCAUGAUUAUCGAUGUAAUAAACUGUAUUGAUUGA